GUGCGACGUGUCAGCACCGCCAGUCGUCGUUGUCGUCCGUCAGUCGCCAUCCAAAAAUCCGAAAUCGCUUAAUGAGUGCGACGAACAAGAAUAUUUAAUACAGUUAUUUGAAUAACGGGUAGGAUGUCGAAUAUCGAUCGCACUUUUAUGUAGUUAUUCUCAAAUCUGGUGAUAGUUGAAUUAGUGUGCAGCAAAAAACAAUUGAACGUGAACAAUGUCGGUAUGGUUGUUGUGUGUUUUGUGGGUAAUUCCCAGCGCUCUGGGAUUUUAUUUGCCCGGAUUGGCACCUGUCAACUACUGUAAAGCCGGCGAAACAACGAAAACAUGCAAGUCGGAGAUAACUAUGUAUGUAAAUAGACUCAACACGGAACAAAAUGCACUUCCAUACGAAUAUCACCACUUCGACUUCUGUCCUACGGACGAAAGUUUAUCACCGGUUGAAAAUUUAGGACAAGUUGUAUUUGGAGAACGUAUUCGUCCUUCUCCAUACAAGAUCGAAUUUAUGAAAAAUCUCACCUGCGAAGAGGCUUGUACAAAAAGCUAUGUUGGUGGAACUGAAGAGACGGAAAGAAAAUUGCAGUUGCUCAAAAAAGGAAUGGCGCUUAAUUAUCAACACCACUGGAUUGUUGAUAAUAUGCCAGUGACUUGGUGUUAUACAUUGACAGACGAACGGAAUUAUUGUAGUAUCGGAUUCCCGAUGGGAUGUUACAGCGGUGAAACUCGAUCGCAAGAUUCGCCCUGCGAUAUCGAUAAUUCAUACAACAAGCUAAAAACCUACUACUUGUUUAAUCAUGUUGAUCUGGUGAUAACUUACCAUAGCGGUGCCAUGGAAGAGUGGGGUUCAGGUUUCAAAGAAAACGGUGGACGAAUAAUAUCCGUCAAGGUACAGCCUCGCAGUAUUAAUCAUCCGGGAACUGGUUUGGAUUGCACAAAAAAUGCACCUCCUUUGGAAAUUUCGGCUGAAAAUCUAGGACCGAAGCAAAAGCUUGAUGUGAAAUAUUCCUACUCUGUACACUUUAUAGAAAACAACACUAUCAAAUGGUCCUCUAGAUGGGACUAUAUUUUGGAAUCAAUGCCGCACACAAAUAUCCAGUGGUUCAGUAUUUUGAAUUCACUUGUGAUCGUUCUAUUCCUGUCGGGAAUGGUAGCAAUGAUUAUGCUUCGAACUUUACACAAAGACAUCGCUCGCUACAAUCAGGUAUACUUCCAGAUAGAGUCAGGAGAAGAUGCUCAGGAGGAAUUUGGGUGGAAAUUGGUCCAUGGAGAUGUGUUUCGUCCUCCUCGAAAAGGAAUGCUUCUUUCCGUAUUCCUAGGCUCAGGAAUUCAAGUUUUUUUCAUGACCCUCGUUACGCUGGCCUUUGCUUGUCUCGGAUUUCUCUCUCCUGCAAAUAGAGGGGCUUUGAUGACCUGUGCAAUGGUGUUGUUUGUUUGCUUGGGAACUACCGCUGGUUACAUUUCUGCUAGAAUGUACAAAAGUUUUGGCGGUGAAAAGUGGAAGUCAAAUGUUCUCCUUACUGCAAUGCUUAGUCCAGGGGUUGUCUUUAGUUUAUUCUUCGUGAUGAACCUCAUAUUCUGGGCGAAAGGAAGUUCGGCUGCUGUUCCCUUCAGCACACUUGUAGCUCUCUUAGCGCUCUGGUUCGGAAUUUCGGUUCCAUUGACGUUUAUCGGAGCCUACUUUGGAUUCAGAAAACGGCCGCUAGAACAUCCGGUAAGGACGAAUCAAAUCCCCAGACAAAUUCCUGAACAGAGCUUCUACACGCAAGCAAUACCAGGAGUUGUAAUGGGAGGCGUGUUGCCCUUUGGAUGUAUUUUCAUUCAAUUAUUCUUUAUUCUCAAUUCUCUUUGGUCGAGUCAAAUGUACUACAUGUUCGGCUUUCUUUUUCUGGUAUUUUUAAUUCUAAUCAUCACCUGUUCGGAAACGACGAUCCUUCUUUGUUACUUCCACCUUUGUGCAGAAGAUUAUCACUGGUGGUGGCGCAGUUUUCUUACAUCUGGAUUCACAGCCUUUUAUCUCCUAAUUUACUGCAUUCAUUACUUUAUGACUAAACUAAACAUUGAAGAUGCGACGUCAACUUUCCUCUAUUUUGGAUACACGCUCAUCAUCGUUUUCUUAUUCUUCCUACUGACGGGAUCAAUCGGAUUCUUUGCGUGUUUCUGGUUCGUGAGGAAGAUCUACAGUGUGGUGAAGGUCGACUAAGAGAAGAUUAUCAAACGAAAGUGAAAGUAACGGAACUAAAUGUGCACUCAUUUUUGAGAAAUACUUGGAUUUUGAAUUGGCUGGUGUUCAGAACAUGAGAACAUUUCGUGUUCUUUGAAAGACUUUUUCGGAUCAAAGAAAAGGCUCAAUUACAAAAGAAUUUUCACUUUGACAAUUUAUUAACUAGGAUUAUAUCAAGUUUAUACCAUACAUAAAAUGCGUGGCACCAAACUUCAGAGUAUUAUUACAAUUUUUUCUUAUUGAUAUUUCAUUUAUUUGUUAGUUAAAGGCAUAUUACUGUUCUGACUUUUACGGACUAUCCUUGUGCAAUUUCUUCCUCUUUUUCUCUUCUGAUUAUAUGUUUAACACUACUGCUUUUGGCUUUCAUUCAAGUGCCUCUAAUUUUCAAGUUUUAGAGAAUGCUUAUUAAUUUUCAUUUAAAUGUUGAUGACGAUAGAUACCAGAGUUGCUAGAUUUGACCGCAAACUCCUGAUUUUGGAUGCUGUGGAUUGUUUUGUCGAGUGCUGUGUGAUUGUAUUGAUGUAAAUAAAGGAUGAAAUACGAAACAGAUGGUAUUUUGGUGUAGGAACUUUUCGUGUAUCAUAGCACUCGUGUUUAAAGUCGUUCUUUUUAUUGUAUUUGCGACGUUUUCUUGAUCCGAAAACGACUUGAGCUCAGUCAUAUUUCGGUGCGUCUAAGCCCUAGACAUGCACGUGGCAAGGAAUUAAACAAAUUAAAAUCUAAAAGAGAAUGAAAAAUAUUUGUUAGUCAGCAGCAAUAUUUAAAAGAAUAUCCAAAGGCCUCGGAGGUUUUUUUUGUUUGAGAGCGAAAUUGCAGCAUUUAAAAUGUCAUGGGAACCAAGCAUCGAAGAUAUAAUAUUAAAUUGUACCAGUGACUUAUUACUCUGAAUGUGUGUGUUUUUUUCAACAAUCAGCAUACAGAGAGAGAGAGAGAGAUAGAUGGUCGAAUUAAAUUAUAAGAAAAAAAUUGACCUGUACACACACUGUAAUUUUUCGAUUUUGUAAAAUAAAGCGAAUGCGAUAUUAGCAGUAA